CUCCCGCAGCCCGGCUGAGGCGGCGGCGGCAGGUGGGAUCCGGAGCCAUCCGCCACGAUGGUGAAUUUCACAGUAGACCAGAUCCAAGCAAUCAUGGACAAGAAGUCCAAUAUUAGGAAUAUGUCUGUGAUUGCUCACGUUGAUCAUGGCAAAUCAACCUUGACAGACUCCUUGGUGUGUAAAGCGGGCAUCAUUGCUUCAGCCAGAGCCGGAGAAACACAAAUCACAGACACACGGAAAGAUGAGCAAGAAAGAUGUAUCACAAUCAAGUCUACGGCAAUUUCUAUGUAUUAUGAACUCUCGGACAACGACUUGGCCUUCAUCAAACAGUGUAGGGAUGGUUCAGGUUUUCUUAUUAACUUAAUUGACUCCCCUGGACAUGUUGAUUUCUCCUCUGAAGUUACAGCAGCUCUCCGUGUCACUGAUGGUGCCCUUGUUGUGGUUGACUGUGUUUCGGGGGUUUGUGUACAGACAGAGACUGUUCUGCGGCAGGCUAUUGCAGAACGUAUCAAACCAGUACUGAUGAUGAACAAAAUGGAUCGUGCUUUGCUGGAAUUGCAGCUGGAGCCUGAGGAACUUCACCAGACAUUUCAGCGUAUUGUGGAAAAUGUCAAUGUCAUCAUUUCCACCUACAGAGAGGGUGAAACUGGACCAACGGGUAAUAUUAUGAUUGAUCCAGUUAUCGGUACUGUUGGAUUUGGCUCUGGUCUGCAUGGCUGGGCAUUUACUCUGAAGCAGUUUGCUGAGAUGUAUGUAACCAAAUUUGCUGCCAAAGCUGAAAAAGCACAACUCCCUCCAGUUGAGCGUUCAAAGAAAGUGGAAGAUAUGAUGAAAAAACUCUGGGGUGAUAAAUAUUUUGAUCCAGCAACUGGAAAAUUCAGCAAAUGAGCCACCAGCCCAGAUGGAAAGAAGUUGCCAAGGACAUUUUGCCAGCUAGUUCUAGAUCCUAUCUUUAAGAUCUUUGAUGCCAUUAUAAAUUUUGAGAAGGAAGAGGCAGCCAAACUAAUAGAAAAACUUGAUAUCAAACUAGACAUUGAAGAUCGAGAUAAAGAGGGAAAACUGCUUCUUAAGGCGGUGAUGCGCUGCUGGCUGCCUGCUGGAGAUGCCUUGCUUCAGAUGAUCACCAUUCACCUACCUUCCCCUGUAACAGCACAAAAAUACCGCUGUGAACUUCUUGAGGGGCCACCUGAUGAUGAAGCUGCUAUGGGUGUCAAAAACUGUGAUCCCAAAGGCCCUCUGAUAAUGUAUAUUUCCAAAAUGGUCCCCACAUCCGAUAAGGGGCGUUUCUAUGCCUUUGGGCGAGUCUUCUCUGGUAUUGUUCCUACUGGACAGAAAGUUCAAACCAUGGGACCAAACUACACACCUGGCAAGAAAGAAGAUCUUUACCUAAAACCCAUUCAAAGAACCAUUUUGAUGAUGGGUCGUUAUGUUGAGCCCAUUGAGGAUGUACCUUGUGGCAACAUUGUUGGUCUAGUUGGUGUUGACCAGUUUUUGGUGAAGACGGGUACCAUUACCACAUUUGAACGCCACAACAUGAGGGUGAUGAAAUUUAGUGUUAGUCCAGUUGUACGGGUUGCUGUUGAAGCAAAAAACCCUGCUGAUCUACCAAAACUAGUUGAAGGUCUAAAGCGUCUGGCUAAGUCUGAUCCUAUGGUUCAGUGUAUUAUUGAAGAGUCUGGUGAACACAUCAUUGUUGGACCAGGAGAGCUGCAUCUAGAAAUUUGCCUUAAAAUUCUGGAAGAAGAUCAUGCUUGUAUUCCAAUUAAGAAAUCAGUCCCAGUUGUAUCUUACCGUGAGACAGUUGGUGAAGAGUCAAGCCGAGUGUGCUUAUCCAAAUCUCCCAACAAACACAACAGGCUGUAUAUGAAGGCUCGACCCUUUCCUGACGGCCUGGCAGAGGACAUAGACAAAGGGGAAGUCUGUUCCUGUCAAGAACUGAAACAUCGUGCGCGUUACCUGGCAGAGAAAUAUGAGUGGGAUGUGUCUGAGGCUCGUAAGAUUUGGUGCUUUGGACUUGAUGGUACUGGUCCAAAUAUCUUAGUUGACAUCACGAAAGGUGUCCAGUAUCUAAAUGAAAUCAAAGACAGUGUUGUUGCUGGUUUCCAGUGGGCUACAAAAGAGGGUGUCUUGUGUGAGGAGAACAUGAGAGGUGUUCGUUUUGAUAUCCAUGAUGUCACUCUGCACGCUGAUGCUAUUCACUGUGGUGGUGGGCAAAUCAUUCCCACUGCGAGGAGGGUUCUGUAUGCCUCUACUCUUACGGCACAACCCAGGCUUAUGGAGCCCAUCUGUCUGGUAGAAAUACAGUGCCCAGAACAAGUGGUUGGUGGGAUCUAUGGUGUGCUGAACUGGAAAAGGGGACACGUUUUUGAAGAAUCCCAAGUGGCAGGAACUCCACUGUUUGUGGUCAAGGCAUAUCUACCUGUAAAUGAGUCAUUUGGUUUUACCGCCGACUUGAGAUCCAGCACUGGUGGCCAGGCUUUUCCACAGUGUGUCUUUGAUCGCUGGCAGGUUUUGCCUGGAGAUCCUUACGAUGCAAAUUCUCAUCCUUGGCAAGUUGUGGCUGAAACACGUCAACGCAAAGGCUUGAAGGAGGGUAUUCCACCUCUGGAUAACUUCCUAGAUAAGUUAUAAUCACUUCUGUUUCAUGUUGUGUGAUGCGCUGCCCAGUUUUGUCCUGAUACCGUUUCCUCAUAAAACCAGGAAGGAAAUGGGAAGUUUUUAGAGCGUCACAUUGAAUACACACACAGUGUUAACAUGUUGUGAUGAUGGCACGAUCACCUACUAAAAGAAGAAAUAAAAAUGACGUGCUAAUUUGACUUACGGGAUUGUUGUUGCCUCUAUCUUGUCUGUGGUCACUGAUGCCUCUGUCAAAAAUACACAUUAAAAAAAAAAAAAAAUCAGUUGCCUAGGACUAAUGGUGUUCCUUACAGUUUGCCUAAUCCACAAUUGUCUUUUAACCUAGGAAGCAGCUCCCUUCGUUGUUGCUCUUGCAGAAAUUCUUGUUGAACUGUCAGGUUUUGUCCUCUCAGCCAGAAGAUGCAUUCUUUCAUUUCCAAACUUGAAUCCUCUGUGCUCUCGAAGACUGAUAGCGAAAGGCUUGCAGUUACAGUUGGUUUGAAGGUAUCUUUGAUACAGUCCACUCAAAGCAGUAACCAGAUACUUCCAUAGUGGAAACGAAGAGGUACAAAAAAAUUCAACAGAUAAGGAAAGGAGAAGAAAGAUUGGAUGCAAUAUUAAGACCAACACCUGAAGACUGCUGUGAAAGAUCAUACAAAAAAGGCAAUGAGGAAUAGUAAUGCAGCAUUAAAGGUGGGAGUACAGGGCAGACAAGAGUUACAAUACAUCCUGCUUCAAUAUUUCUUAUCCAUGUACUUUGUUCAAAUACCGUAACAGUAAUGGAAGGCAAAAAGCACCAGACGUCUGACUAAAGAAAUAAGAAAAAGGGAACACAAAAUUAGGAAAAAGUGAAAGCUGGUAAUUAGGGAAGGAAUAAUCUCAAAUACAGUUACUCAACAGAAACACAACACUUGGAAAAGCUGCUAUGUCAACAUAUAUAGACAAUACCAUUAUUCCAGCUCUAUGGAAAUGACUUGAGUUUCCUGGUCUGUAACCUCUUCCACAUACCGCACUGCUGAGGUUAUCCUUAGAGGUGUGUGGGGAGACACUGCGUACACGCAACAAAGCAGCAGAUUCAUCAGAGGAGUAAAACAGGAGGAAGUUAUUCCCAUCAAAUUAGAAAAGCCAUGAUUAGGAGGCCAUGUAAUGUGGGACAAAGCACCAUUAAGCCCUAAACACAUAAUUCCAGUUAGGUGGGAACACUGCGCAGCUACAGCUUUUAUCUUCCAAAAAGCCAAGCCUCCCCCGUGGCAAGUCGGAGUGCGGUAUUCCCAAACCGAAUACAGCAGUUACCGAAGCGACAGAAGCCAUGAGCGAGAGAUCCUAGAAAAUAAUCCCACGCUGGAAAAAGUAAUUUCUAUUUUGUCUCCUUACAGCUGCCACAGAAAGCAUGAGCUUCACUUGAUCAUCUGGUGAGGGGUGGCAGUUUCAAAGAGGGCCACCAAGGACUUUAUCAUCUAAAUUUGAGUUUAAAGGCUUUUUUUCUAUCACCUCUUAAAGUUAUCAAGCCAGAAAUUCAACUAUAGCUCGACUGUGCAUAGUUUGGACUUUUUGGUGGCGGGGAGGUGUCCUAAUUCUGACAUGACAGCACAGAGAUUGUGUAAUGCAGGGUUUGCAUAGAUAGUUUGUCCCCUCCCCAGCCCAAAGAACAUUAAGGAGGAAGAAGUCAAAGCUUAAGAUUUUGUUGCAUUUGUGAAAAACAUGAAAUCAGGAGAAAAAAAAACAACCAAUCCCAUUUACAAAGGCUUCCUCAGGUGAGGGGGAAGUGGGGAACAAGAGACAUACAACACAAGUCAUGGCUAUUUCACAAAGCUUCAUUGUCUUAAAAUGAAGUUUAUUACAGGCCUCAGUGAAAAUAUUAAAAAUUCACCAAUGCAUACA